AUGGAUGAUCCUUUCAACGCUGGCUCUCCGGGACCGGAAGAAGUUGAUCUCUACGAACUCCUCGAAAUCGACAGAACCGCAUCACCGGAUCAGAUAAAGAAGGCUUACCGAAAGGCCGCUCUCAAGUACCACCCAGACAAGGUUGCCGAGGAGCACCGAGAAGAGUCAGAAGCCAAGUUCAAGGAAGUUACACAAGCCUACGAAAUCCUUAGCGAUGAGCAGAAGCGCGAGCUCUACGACGUCCACGGCAUGGCCGCCUUCGACAAGUCCCGCGGUGGCCCCGGUGGCCCCGAGGUCGACCUCAACGAUAUCCUUUCCCAGAUGUUCGGUUUCGGCAUGGGUCCUGGUGGUCCUGGAGGUCCUGGCGGCCCCGGCGGACCUCGUCGACCCAGACGUGGCCCUGACGAGGAGCAAGAGUACAAGGUGACACUGGAGGAGCUUUACCGUGGCAAGACUGUCAAGUUUGCCGCCAACAAGCAGGUACUCUGCGGCCAGUGCAAGGGUUCCGGGGGCAAGGAGAAAGCCAAGGCUGCGUCUUGCGAGCGUUGCAAGGGUAACGGUAUCGUCGAGGCCUUCCGACAGAUCGGCCCCGGCAUGAUGCGACGCGAGACUGUUCUUUGCGACCACUGCCAGGGCGCCGGCCAGGUUUUCAAGGAAAAGGACCGAUGUAAGAAGUGCAAGGGCAAGCGAACAAGCCAAGAAAAGAAGGUUCUCGAGAUCUACAUUCCCCGAGGAUCCAUGCAGGGCGAGCGCAUCGUUCUUGAAGGCGAGGCCGAUCAGCACCCGGACCAGACGCCCGGUGAUAUCGUCUUCACGUUGGUCGAAGAGCCCCAUGAUGUCUUCACCCGCAUCGGCCACGAUUUGUCUGCCGAGCUGACUGUGACGCUUGGCGAGGCUUUAUCGGGCUUCUCCCGCACAGUCUUCAAGCACCUCGAUGGACGAGGUAUCCAUAUCGAACGCCCUCGUGGCAAGAUUCUGCGACCAGACGACUGCCUCAAGAUUCCUGGUGAGGGUAUGCCCAUGAAGCGUGGCGAGGCCAAGGGCGACUUGUACCUUAUUGUCAAGGUUGAGUUCCCUGAGGAUGGAUGGCUAAAGAAUGACUCCGAGUACGAGGCUCUGCAGAAGAUGCUGCCCGCUGCUCCGGCCAACGUUGAGGCCGACGAGGUCGACGAGGUUGAGUAUGAGGACGAUGCCGACAUUGAGAAGAUGGGCGAAAACUCAGGCGACGGCCGAUUCGGUGCUGACUGGGAAGACGAUGACGACGAUAUGGGCGACGGUCAACCUCAGUGCCAGACACAGUGA